AUGUUUAAAGCUUUUACAGUAGGACGGACACGGGUGCUCUUCACAAAUAUUGAUUAUAGGUCGUUUGAAAGAUCCCACCGCAAGAAUAACUCCGUACGGUGUUACAGAAUUUGGAACAGUCUUGCAAUUAGAGGAUACUGUACUUAAUACACAGUAAAAAAAUAUAUAUGUUUUUAUUUUAAAUAAUUGUAUGAUAGGCUUAACGUUUUUAUUUUACUAACAGUUUACUUUAUUUGCCAGCUGCCUAUUUUAUAAUGUCGCGAAGGAGAUAGAUAUUCGACAAUAUGUUUUUGUCGACCUAUCGGAUUCGUUGUACUAAUAAGUGUUGACAAUGGUCGGAGUAGAGUGAGCCUUUUCGAAGAUAUUUUGCGCUAUCGGUCUGCUGUUCCGUGGUCCGGUCAUGACUCUCGGUAGUGUCUCCGCUACCGGGAGCUCGGCGGAGGGCUGCUUCUGCUCCUGCUGCGGAGUGAAGAUGAUGCCCUACUUCUCCGACAACGGAGUCGUGUCUCAGAACCAGAUCAACCAACUCAUCAGUGAGAGCUUCCUGACGGUGAAGGGCGCCGCUGUCUUCCUGCCUCGGGGAAAUGGCUCCUCCCCUUCCUCGGCACCCCGCAUCAGCCAGCAGUGGAACAAACACACAGGUGACCUCCAGCAGCACCUGCAGACCAUGUUCACCGUGCUGCGUCCAGAAGACAACAUCCGCCUGGCUGUGCGCCUGGAGAGUGCGUACGCUCAGCCUCAGUGCACGCGUUACAUGGUGGUGGUGUCCACCAAUGGGAGACAGGACACAGAGGAGAGCGUGGUGCUGGGCCUGGACUUUGGCUCCUCAGACAGCACAUGCACAAUGGGGCUGGUUCUACCCCUGUGGAGCGACACACUGAUCCACUUGGACGGAGACGGGGGCUUCAGUGUGUCCACGGUCAACAGGGUCCAUGUCUUCAAACCGGUCUCUGUCCAGGCCAUGUGGUCCGCCCUGCAGUCGCUCCACAAGGCGUGCGAGGUGGCCCGCUGUCACAACUACUACCCCGGCAGCCUGUUCCUGACCUGGGUCAGCUACUAUCAGAGCCAGGUCUCCUCUGACCAGGUCUGCAUCAACGAGUGGAACGCCAUGCAGGACGUCCAGUCCCACCGCGCCGACUCGCCCAUCCUCUUCACCGACGUGCCCACAGAGAGGGAGCGCACGGAGAGGUUGAUCAAGACUCGCCUCAGAGAGAUCAUGAUGCAGAAAGACCUGGAGAAUGUCACCUCCAAAGAGAUUCGCACAGAGCUGGAGAUGCAGAUGGUGUGCAACCUUCGGGAGUUCAAGGAGUUUAUUGACAACGAGAUGAUCGUCAUCCUGGGUCAGAUGGACAGCCCCACAGAGAUAUUUGACCAUGUUUACCUGGGCUCUGAGUGGAACGCUUCAAACUUGGAGGAGCUGCAGACCAGCGGUGUGAGGUACAUCCUCAACGUGACGCGUGAGAUCGACAACUUCUUCCCGGGCAUGUUUGAGUACCACAACAUCCGCGUGUACGACGAGGAGGCCACCAACCUGCUGGAGUACUGGAACGACACCUACAAGUUCAUCACCAAGGCCAGGAAAGCAGGGGCUAAGUGCCUGGUCCACUGUAAGAUGGGUGUGAGUCGCUCGGCCUCCACGGUGAUCGCUUACGCAAUGAAGGAGUACGGCUGGGACCUGGAGAGGGCCUUCGACUACGUCAAGGAGCGCCGCGGCGUCACCAAGCCCAACCCCUCCUUCAUGAAGCAGCUGGAGGAGUACCAGGGUAUCCUGCUGGCCAGUAAACAGAGGCAUAACAAGUUGUGGCGCUCCCACUCGGACAGCGACCUCUCAGAGCGCCACGAGUCUCCGCUGUGUAAGACGGGCCCUCCCAGCCACACCCUGGGCCUCUCGGACCCACACAACAACAACAACAACAAUGGCCCCACGCCCUCCCUGCAACACUUCCUGCUCCAGGCGCUUGGUGCUGCCAAUGACCCCGACAACAAGUCCAAGGGCUCCCACAUCUCAGACACACAGUCGGAGCCCGUCCGACUCACCCGCUCACUCUCCCACUCUCCUGGUCCGCCAGCCUCCAACGGUCUGUGUGACUCCCGGGAGAGACUCUUUUCUCGAGGGCGAGGACCCCGCCAGGACUCCUUCCUCCCACGGGCGGUCACGGUGGUGCCCGAGGAGAGAACGGACAACUCUGCUCUGGCGGGGGUGGCCGUGACUGUGCCAAUCACCGCCGUCUCCCAUCCUCCUCCCUCACUGCAUAUCCUCCCUCCUUCUCCCUUCCCCCAGCCACUGGCCAAACCCCUCCAUCUAGGUUUGAGCACACAGUUGUCCAGUCCUGUGCCUAAACAGAAAUCCCAGAGUGUAGAGCUGACCCUGGAUCUGCCUGACCACAGCAGCUCCGAGGUCGUAUCUCAGGACACCCUGGAGUCCAGCGACGACUCGGACACCCUGGGACGCUCCCUGUCAGACCCGCUGAGCGAGAGGGGGGACAGUGUCAGUAUGAUGUCCCCAGGGAUCCCCAUGGCCGUGAGCCCUCUCACCCCAACAACGCCUGGGUCUUUAGGACCCUACGCCAACGAUGACAACAACAACCCCUGCGGCGACACAGACACCAUCCUCGCUAACCCCGUCGACGCCACAUGCGUCACCACGUCCUCCAACCUCGGAACGGACAGCAUCGACUUCUUCAGCGCCCGCGAGAAAUUCCUGGGCCUGUCCCAAGACGGAAAGACCCGGACUCUUUCCGAGCAGAUGGCUCAACGGACGCCUCAGUCGCGGUGCCCCAGCCAGGAGCUGCAGCCGCUGUCCCCCGAGAACCCUGCUGGAGCACUGCCACCACUGCCAAGCACAGAGGAAGAGGAGCAGGGAAAGAGUUCCCCCCAUACGGAGGACGGUAGCGACCGAGCCAGUCAAGAAAAAGCCUCGUCACCUCCCCAUCACGACAACGGCGUGUCAGUCCGCCAUAUUGUCACAGAGAUAGAGUCCAUAUCCCACCCGCCGGUGGCGGCGCCCCUCUCCUCCACCCAGCCGGCCCCCCACGGCCCACAGCAGAUGCGCCCAGACGACCGGGACGAGGAGACCCCAUUGACCUCACCCUCCUCCUACCCACAAUCCCCCUCCACGCCUCCCUCGGAUUGGCCGGCCGGCUCGGUGCGCAGGGCCACCAAACAGCUAGAGCAGAGGCUGAGGCAGGAGCUGGACUUAACUCUCAGCAACAUGUCUACCCAACGCUCCCCUCUCCACUCCCCCAGUGCAGAGUUCCACCCCACGGGCUCCCCUCUCCACUCCCCCAGUGCAGAGUUCCACCCCACGGGCUCCCCUCUCCACUCCCCCAGUGCAGAGUUCCACCCCACGGGCUCCCCUCUCCACUCCCCCAGUGCAGAAGUUCCACCCCACGCGGGCUCCCCUCUCCACUCCCCCAGUGCAGAGUUCCACCCCACGGGCUCCCCUCUCCACUCCCCCAGUGCAGAGUUCCACCCCACGGGCUCCCCUCUCCACUCCCCCAGUGCAGAGUUCCACCCCACGGGCUCCCCUCUCCAUACGCCAAGCACGGACUGCCCACCCCUCCUCGCUCCUACCACAGACUGCCUCAAGCAGCGUAUGCCAACCCCUGCUCCUGAGCAAGGAAGACCUCUGAACGAGGCUUUCACUGUGUCUGCAGAGCCCAAAGGAGAGACUGAGCAGGGAGGGUUUGUCGUCUCAGACAUGGACGUUGCCCCUUCCUUCUCUCACUACCCAGAUGCCCGCCACACCCAUAAGCCCAUCCCAAUCAUCGUGUGCUCCUCCCUAGAGCCUUCUAGGGUCCAGCCCCAGGCCCCCCCUGCACUGCUGUGGCUGGAGGGGAUGACGGCCCUUGACUCAGACACGGAUGGCCCCUCCCCUCCCCACCACGGAAGGCUGGCCCUGGCACGCAGCAGUGAGGAACUGGAGAAGAUCCAGGAGACUCUGAGGGAGCUGCAGGCCUUCCUGUACGAUGCGGGGGGCCUGGGGGCUGGAGAGAGACCUGGUCAGGGGAAGCAUCACGGGGAGACUCCCGUGUGGCAGAGGGCCAUGGAGAUCGAGGCACGGAUCCGCCAGGCGGGCCUCACGCCCCCCUCCUUGAUGAAGCGCUCAGCCUCGCUGGCCAAGCUUGACUGCCUGGAGCUGUCAGCCAACGACCUGAAUGACUGGGACCAACGGCCCACCACCGCCAGCCCUCACGGACCCCAAUUGAUGCCCACCCCUCACCCCCGCUCCCACCAUCACCCCAGUCCAGACGAUGUUUCCAAGAAGCAGCGGGUGUUGUCCAGGGCCCCCCUAGGGGGGGUGUACCCACUGGACUCAGACAGGACUGAUAGGGGCUCCCAGAGAGCAGGGAGUGAUCCCCCCUGUCUCUCCUCACCUCCAUGUCUUGUUCUUCAAGGGGACGAGGAGCUAGAGACAGACCCCUCCCCCCGGCUCACCCGCACCCAGUCCCCGGCGAGCGCUCCUGACGUCACUAUGACAACCGCGCAGCAGCAGCCCCGCGGGAAGAGUCACCCGCUGCGGCGGCUCCGCAAGGCUGCCGACAAGAAACGGACUGCCACUGUUCUCUACCACACCAUGUGACCUCACUGCACUCGGCCCUAGGCCGAGGGUGUCUAUGAGUGUGUGUAUGCGUGCGAGUGUGUGGUGUCCUAGGCCCUACAUGUGCAUUAUGGUCCAGACUGUCCCCCUUGGGCCCUUGUCUGUAGUAUGUGUGUGUGCACUGACUAGCUGUGUUGGACUCUAUGUAAUCUGUUAGUGUUCAGGUGAAUGCUGACUCUGGAUGUUUGUGUUACUGUAGGUGCUUACCCCCCCUCCCCCUUUUUAUAGUUUCUAAACAGUUGUAAUUUCUACAACUAAAAAAGAGGGGGCUGUUUCUCAAAGAACAUGCACUUUACUCUUAUUUUGAUCUUUUAUUUUAUUUUUUAUUUUUUUAUUUUCUUCCGAGGAGUCUUUUUGCACUGAUUUUAUAUGGUAGCCUGUCUGUGUGUAAGUCACAUCUUUUAUUCUUCUUUUCAACAAGACAACGUUCAUCUUUUUUUUUUUAUCCUGUUCUUAGCUGUGACUAUUAAAGAAACAAAAGUACCUAUA